GCACGCGCGCGCGCUGCCGCCGGGAUUGUGUGAGGCGGCUGCAGUGUGAGUCCGAUUAGGGAUGUAAAUGUAAUACCGAGAUUUCUGGAAUCUGAGUGAGUCGCGCACCCGUGAUACCGAGACACCCAGAGCCGCGUACCCGUGAUACCCAGUGACUGAGAGAGCCAGGCAGAGAAUAUUACAUCUCUCGCUGUCACCAACUGGUUACUGAGGGGGCCCCGGGCACCAUGAGCUGGGGCACGGAGCUGUGGGAUCAGUUUGACAACUUAGAAAAACACACACAGUGGGGAAUUGAAGUAUUGGAAAAAUAUAUUAAAUUUGUAAAGGAACGAGCAGAAAUUGAAAUAAACUAUGCAAAACAACUGCGGAAUCUUUCCAAAAAGUAUCAAACCAAGAAGAAUUCCAAAGAAGAAGAAGAAUCAAAGUACACAUCAUGCAAAGCCUUCCAGACCACCCUAAAUGAAAUGAAUGACUACGCUGGGCAACAUGAGGUCAUUUCUGAGAACAUGACAUCACAAAUCACAGCAGAACUAACACGCUUCGUGCAGGAGCUUAAACAGGAGAGGAAAUCGAACUUCCAUGAAGGUCGCAAGGCGCAGCAGCACAUCGAGACAUGCUGGAAGCAGCUGGAGAGUAGCAAAAGAAGGUUUGAGCGUGAAUGUAAAGAAGCAGACAGAGCGCAGCAAUACUUUGAGAGGAUGGACGCUGAUAUUAAUGUGACAAAAGCAGAUGUUGAGAAAGCACGACAGCAAGCACAGAUACGUCACCAAAUGUCAGAUGACAGCAAAGGUGACUAUUCCUCUGUGUUACAGAAGUUUAACCGGGAGCAGCAUGAACAUUACUUCAGCCACAUCCCCAAUAUAUUUCAGAAACUGCAAGAUAUGGAAGAAAGGCGGAUAGGACGGAUGGGUGAGUCACUGAAAACGUACGCGGACAUAGACCGACAGGUGGUUCCUAUUAUUGGCAAAUGUCUUGAUGGGAUAACAAAAUCAGCAGAAUCUAUUGAUGAGAAACAAGACUCCCAGACUGUAAUAGAUUCCUUUAAAUCUGGCUUUGAACCCCCUGGAGAUGUAGACUUUGAAGAUUUCACUCAGUCCAUUAUGAAGCGCACGGUAUCAGAUAACAGUCUGUCCAAUGCAAAGACCGACGGAAAGUCCGAACCUAAAAUAUCUGGAAAAUCCCGUGGCAAACUCUGGCCGUUUAUCAAGAAAAACAAGCUUAUGUCCCUUCUAACAUCCCCUCAUCAGCCCCCUCCUCCUCCCCCUGCCUCUCCCUCUGCUGUUCCCAAUGGCCCCCAGUCUCCUAAGCAGCAAAAGGAACCCCUCUCCCAUCGCUUCAACGACUUCAUGACCUCCAAACCCAAAAUCCACUGCUUCAGAAGUCUAAAGCGUGGGCUUUCUCUGAAGUUGUGUUUUGGUUUCCACCAGGGGGCAACUCCAGAGGAUUUUAGCAACCUUCCUCCAGAACAAAGACGAAAGAAGCUGCAACAAAAGGUGGACGAAAUAAACAAAGAGAUCCAGAAGGAAAUUGACCAGAGAGAUGCCUUAACAAAGAUGAAAGAUGUGUAUACAAAGAACCCUCAGAUGGGAGACGCAGCCAGUGUGGCACAGAAGUUGAUAGAAAUUGGAAAUACCAUUGAAAAGCUGCGUAUUGAAGCUCAGAAAUUUGAGAGCUGGUUGGCGGAAGUGGAGGGCCGGCUUCCCGCCCGGAAUGACAGCUCGCGUAGACAAAGUGGGCUGUACGAGACUCAGAACACACCAACAGUAAAUAAUUGUGCACAGGACAGAGAGAGCAGCCCAGAUGGCAGUUACACGGAAGACCAAAGCCAGGAGACGGAGGUGAAGGUGACACCCACAGAGUUUGAUGAUGAUUUUGAUGAUGAGGAGACCCUUCCCACAAUAGGAACGUGCAAAGCCCUGUAUGCCUUUGACGGGGAAAAUGAAGGAACCAUCUCAGUAACAGAAGGCGAAGUGCUAAGUGUAAUCGAGGAGGAUAAAGGAGAUGGCUGGACACGAAUUCGCAGAAGUGAAGAAGAGGAGGGCUAUGUUCCAACAUCCUACAUUGAAGUUUAUUUGGACAGAAAUGCCAAAGAUUCCUAAAGGUGUUGUGCUGGUGCAAGGACUUCGGGGCGAGCUUGAUACAGGAGGAAAACACACCAUAUCACACACACACAAACAGUUCAAAACAAUUUUGCAGUUGGACUCUUUAUGCAGAAAAGAAGUUGCUAAUUCCACUUGUCUUGUCAAACAGGACACCCACAUCUGCAUUAAUAGUCACACUCCAGGGUUCUGACAGGCAGCUGAAAACCGGUUCAUGGGCUUCCUAGUAUACGUAGGUUGUGAGCAGGACGUUAUUUUCUGGUAACUGAGAUUACAGAACUCUGUGAAGCACUGGAUGGGAAUUGUUACCACCUUCAGCAAGCGAACAGAUCUCUGUAUUCUCAAACAUUCUUGCUCCAAUUAUAGACCACAACCUAAAAAACCUUUGUCCCAAGCUCAGCAGAACUUCUAGAUACUGUUGCCUCUUGCUGGUUCCAGCUCUAUCAGUAGUACAGACAAAAAAAUUAGAUAGAGGGUGAGAAUGUAUGUUUGCUUUUUCAUGCCUUUCCAUCUCUUCCUCACCUUUUCUCCAAUGCACUCUCCCUUUCACAUGACUCUUCCCAUAUUAACAACUUUUGUUUCGUCACUUACAGCUCUUUAAGUUGCCUGUCACACCUGAUCACUCUGUUCUGCCUGCAUGCUCGCCCUGUCUCCUUGCCUAUGCUCACCAAAGGGUCGCCCUAAAUUAUUUUAGGUUUCUUACCUUUCUGCUGCAUGAAUGCUAAAUGCAUCACCAUCUUCCAAUACAUAAUUGUUUUUAUUUAAAUGGUGGUUUGGGAAAAAGGGACCUCUCUGCAAAUCCAACAAAAAUCGGAGGAGGUGCUACUUUUUCUUGUUAUCAGAUGACUGUUGUUUUUUUCUGAAUCUGUACAGCCCAUAUACAAUUUCUGCCUUUGAAACAAUGGACUGAGCAAGGACACCACUCAGUGAAAACACAACACCAACUAACAUCUCGUUUGCCUCUCAGAUGAUUUAUCAGUGACACCUCUCCUAUAUGAGGGGGAUAACUGGAGUUGCACGCAUCCCUAAGGAUAUUACCGACGCUACGGGCAGCUCCUUAUUAAAACCACUAACACAAAUAGUUAACCAAUGUCAUCUUGGUUGGAAAACAAAAGUAACCAAACUUCUCAAAAGUUGGACUUGUAGCUCAUCCAGAUAUAAGGAACUAGUCUGGCCAUGUGCUUGCUGUCACAUUAGAGUUUAUCUGUUUUUUAUAACGUUCUGACCCUUUAUCUAGGGUGGAGCUUUGGCUUUUUCAUGUUUUUUUAAUUUUUUUUAUUUCACCUUUUAUGUAGUUGGAAGAUCUUGUGACACUGUUCUGUCAAGGGACCUCUUGCUUCAAAGAUGUUGCAUUGUGUUUAUGUGGCAAAACAAUACAGUUACCUAAAGCUUUGUGUAGAAUUAGUCUCGGUGGACAGUAUAUUAUUGUCAGCACUGGUGGAGCUUCCAAACCUACGUGACGUUUGCUCAUGUCACCGAACAAUGUUUAUUAAAUGAGCAAUGUAUUUCUUGUGGUUAUUUUACAACUGCCUCCUGCUAGCAAAAAUGUAAAAACAAUAUAACAUUUUCUGCUCUAAAAAGUAGAAUAUAAACACCACGUUCAUAAUCCUGCUGACAGUUCCCAGCAUCACCUAUAUUCUAUAGUAAUAUUAAUCUCCAUAAAUGUAAAUACAAGGGAUGGGGUUCCCUUGCCAAAGAUGUUACAUUCAGUAAUUAAAAUCAUUUAGUUUUUAAUCGUUUUUCUUUUUUUUGCUGCCCCCACUUUCUUUACUUAAAUUGUUAAAAAUUUUAAUAAGAAAAUAACUGCCAAAUUGUACAGCUCUAUUUUAAACUAAAAAAUGAUAUUGAGCACUUUGCUUCCCUUUCUGUUGUUUUGUGCUUGUUUUUAUUCACCCACAUGCUGAAGCAGUAAGCUCAGUGGAUUUGUUUUACUGUGCCAACAAACAUAUAAAGAUUGGCUUUGUGUUUCGAGAGAGAGGACACUUCUCGCUUACUAGAGGGGGACACAGACAAGCUUAGAGAACCAUAACCAUAAGCAUGAUACAGUUUGCCAUUCAGUUCUAAGAACUGCUGUACUGCUAGAAAUAAAACUUUUUAUGCCAAA